UGUCGGUCUUGUUCUCACUAGUUUUACCUCGGAACUGAUCAAUAAUUUGGAUAAUCGUCAAUCGCUAGUUUAUAUUCUACCUACCUAAAGUAUUCUAUUCGCCGUCUGUAUUGUGGUUUUGUACAUUGGUGUAUUAACUUAACUCUUCAAAAAGAAGUUGUCGAAUACAAUACUUCUACUUUCUACACAUUAUUUCAAAAUAGAUAUUAUCACCAUAUUUUACGGUGACAAUGUUCAAGCAACUAUAAGGGUUUCAAUUCUGUGAAUUUAAGCAACGCAGGAAAAUCAUGGGGGGAAGAGCGUCCAAGCUGUUUAAGAGUUUUUCGAGUCACUCAGCUAGUGGACAAAGCCUACCAACCGACGACGAAUUUGGCGAUCUAACCUUUAAUGAAAACCUCCAGCAGCAGCAGCAACAAUAUCAGUAUUAUGAGCAACAAAAACAAAGACAACAGCAUCAGCAAGAGUUCACCAAUAAUUCCGUUAGCCCAUUUGUCCAUUACAGAAGAGGAUCCAUGUACAUAGAUGAAGACGGUGACAUGGCGCACGAGUUUUAUGUUGAAGCUAAAGUGGGCACAAAAGUCACUCUCAAGAAAAUUAGUAAAAACUGUUUGAAACCUCAGGGUGACGUCCGAUUGGAUACCCCCUGCAUAAGAAAUGAUUACCCCGUGGUGCUGUUGGAAGAGCAGAGCACCAAAGCAGUCAAGGGAUAAUGAUAAUGGGAAGACGUCUUACUCCUGGUCGGCGCCUUUUGAUCAAAGGGAGUAUGAGACAACUACUUCAAGUCUCUGUCGUCAUUAUAAUAUACCAUAACAUAACUAUUGUAUUGUCGUUGUGAUAUUUUCGGUUCCCUUUGAUUGUCGUACAAUCAAAUAAUAUAACGUCAAGUAAAUUUAGUUUGUUUUGCCGGCCAGGAGACCGUCGUGUCCACCUUGCGCGUGACACGUUAACAACUAACGUCCAACUGAAAUACACCAAAACCUACAACGCUUAUCUACUUAUCCGAUAUAAAAUAUAGUAUACAAUUAUAAAACAUAUAUUAUAGUAGUGUGUGUGUGUGAUAAUAGUCAGUGUAUGAAAUGCAAUCACUGUAUUUAUUAUGUACAUAAUAUUGUUAAAUAGCGUAGUAGCUAUGUUUAUACGUUUCCAAAGGA